AUGGCGGUGGUGAACAUGUCGUUCUACCGCUGGGAGAGCGUCGCGCCGCCGCCCGUCGUGGACUGGCGGAAGACCGUCGCCAUCACGCUCAUCCAGACGCAAUAUGUGUGCUCAAGCUGCUGGGCGAUUGCGGCCGUCGAUUCCAUCGCCAUAAUGUGGGCGAUCGCCAACAACGGCGUCGGGACGAAUCUGUCGCCGCAGCAGGUGUGCGACUGCGCGACGAAGCAGUGCUGCCAGGGCGGGUGGCCCGAGUGGGCCUUCUCCUACGUGCUCUUCAACGGCGGCGUCACGUCCAACGCCAACUACCCCUACCUCGCCUACGAUUCCGCCACGUGUCUGCUCGACACUACCAUGCCGUCUGUGGCGCAGAUCACGGGGUGGGAGCUGGUGCCGGCAUUCAACGCCAUGGCGCUCAUGAAGGCCGUCAGCAUGCAGCCCGUCGUCGCCUUCAUCAGCGCCUCCGCCGCCGACUUCACCGCAUACUCAAGCCGCAACGUGCUGAACAUUUACAACGGCGUGUGCUCGACGGACGUGAACCACGCGGUGGUGGUGGUGGGCUUUAACUACACGGGGCAAGACCUCAAAGGCAGCUACUGGAUCAUCAAGAACUCGUGGUACACCACGUGGGGCGACCGCGGCUACAUGUACCUCGCCAUGACGCCCGACGUGCGCGGGAAAUGCGGCAUCUUAUC